GUUUGGUUUUGGCACGGGAGAGCAGCGGUGCAGCGUUUCUGCCGCCCCCCGUGGGUCUGAUUGGCACGGGAGCUCGGGCUGCCCGAGCGCACGGGCGCGCCUCGCUGGCCUCCCCCGGCGGCCCGCGGCCAGGCAGAGGCGGGAAAGCCGCGCGCCUGCGCCGUGGGAACCGAGGCCGGAGGCGAGAAGCGGGGAGCGGAGGGGGCCGUUGGAGCCGAGUAGCGUACAGAGCGGCGUGUGACGCGGGGACGCCGCGCGCUCCCAACGUCGCCCCGGUUUGACGCACACGGCACCAAACUGUCUGAUUCCCUGGCCUUUGUGUCCCUGGGAACUUAAUCUCUGCCAGAGGAAAGCAGGUGUGCUCCAUCCACUCCUCCCGAGAACAUGAAGAUGAGUUGUCCCAGACCCUUCCCCGUGAUUGGAAACUUAGGUGGUUUCUUGUUGCGAGACUUCACAGACGACUCUCGUGUUGGGAUCCAUCCAUGGUUUUAGCGACAUUAGUGGAAAAGUUUUCUUCAACUGUUUAAGUAAUACUGACUUAAAUGUAGUUGUUAUAAGACUUUCAUAUUAGAUUUCAAAUUUUAUGUGAUAAACUCAACGAGGGGAUGGAUCCCCACGGCUUGUGGCCCUGAAAUGAUGGCCCUGUUCUGUGCACGAGUUAAUUUCCACAAAAGUACCCAAGCACCAUCACCUGUUGUGGCCAGUCCUGAUUGAUGCCAAGUUGACCGCAUCUGGGAGAUGUGUUGUAUUUGCCUUUAAUCGUGUUGUAGUUUAGUUGAUUUUGGCCCCACGAAGGAAAGUAUUUCAGAACCUAAACAACUAAAGUUCCCCAGAUCAAGAAAAUCUGCUUCAGGGUCAUGUGCUUGUUUUAAUUUUGGAUGUGAUUAUUCUUGCAUCGACAUGUUAAUAAGCCAAAAUUUAGGGAGGAAAGGCUCUCUCUGAACCUCGUCCAGCUAGCCAGCUCACAAGGGAAAGCUGUCUGCCUUCUGAGGAGGAGUACAGACUAAAUGUGUUAAAUGAUCUUGCCAACAAUAUGGAUGAUUUGAAGAUAAACACCGAUAUUACUGGUGCUAAAGGAGAACUUCAAGAUGACAACAAUUUUAUCUCUGAGAAAGACAGUGGAGUUCAUAAACCAAAAGAUUGUCAGACAUCCUUUCAGAAAAACAGUUCAUUGACUUUAUCUGAAGAAUUGUCAGAGGAUCAGUCAGAAAAAGCCUUAAGUGGAGGCCAGUCUUCUUUGUUCGUCCCUGCCAGCACGCCUGCUGUUCCUCGAGAGAACUUUACCUUGCCUACAGGAGCCGUUGUUAACGGACCAGUCUCAUGCUCCUCCUCAACAAAGACUUCCAGUAUGAAUGACAGCAGUGUUUCCUUAACCCCUGGACAGCCUGUGGAUCAGCUAACAGCAGAAUCUUGCUCCACUCUGAAAGCAGUAGCUGAUCAUCAGCUGUCUACACCACAAAAAGCCAGUCAACACCAAGUUCUGUUUUUGUUAUCAGAUGCAACGCAUACUAAGAAUCCAACCCAUUCCAUUAAAAAAGUACCUCCCUCUGCUUUAGUUGGUUGUGAUGGUCAGAAUUCAGUAGGGAAUAGCAUGACGUCAGAGAGCACUUUACUGGGUGAAGCAGAGGUGGGGCAGGGUGACGAUGACACAGUGGUCAGAGACGACUGCGUUGGUGAGUUAGCAGUGAUUUCCUCAGGUACAGACGAAUUUAGGUCAGAAAAUGAUACAAACUGGGAUCCCCAAAAAGAGUUUAUUCAGUUUCUUAUGACUAGUGAAGAGACAGUGGAGAAACCCCUCGCUCAUUCUAAAGUAGUAGGUCUAGAAAAAAAGAGAAAGAGAAAAAUGGAUGUGAGCCAGAUCACACGCUACACAGAGGACUGCUACAGUGACUCAGGCCGUGCACCCGGGAAAUCACAAAUUCUACAGGUUGACUUUCUAGGGCAAAAUGAGGAGAUACAAGCAAUAGACUCACAGAACUACACAUUAUCAAAAGUGCAGCCCAAGUCAGCUGAUGGAGACUUGGAGUCUGUGGACACUUUUCAGCAUCUAGUUUAUAACUCAGAUAAAUGUGGAGAAGAUAAUUCCCCUGUUCAUACUCGCACUUUAAUUUCAAAUAACUUAAAAAAGAAAUGUGAAGAGAGUGAUUCUGAGUCACCUGUUGCUUUCAGCACUGAAGAGCCAUCAUUCUACCCCUGUACAAAGUGCAAUGUGAAUUUUAGGGAGAAAAAGCAUCUCCACAGGCACAUGAUGUAUCAUUUAGAUGGGAAUAGUCACUUUCGCCACCUUAACGUCCCCAGGCCAUAUGCUUGUAGAGAAUGUGGACGGACAUUUCGAGAUCGUAACUCACUGCUUAAACAUAUGAUCAUUCACCAAGAACGACGGCAGAAGCUGAUGGAAGAAAUUCGUGAAUUGAAAGAGCUCCAAGAUGAGGGUAGAAGUGCAAGGCUGCAGUGCCCACAGUGUGUGUUUGGUACCAAUUGUCCUAAGACGUUUGUGCAGCAUGCGAAAACCCACGAGAAGGACAAGAGGUACUACUGUUGUGAGGAGUGUAACUUCAUGGCGGUGACGGAGAGCGAGCUAGAAUGCCAUCGGGGCGUCGCCCAUGGAGCUGCGGUGAAGUGUCCCAUCGUCAGCUCAGAGGCAACCCAGAGAAAAACACAAAAGAAGACUCCGAUGAAAGACUCUGUCAUGUCCAAAAAGCCUGCUCCAUUCCUGUGUAAGGUGUGUCCCUUCACCACGUCAGCCAGGAGCAUUCUGAAGAAGCACAUGGAGCGCUUGCAUUCCCCAUCGUGUGUUGAUUCCUUGGGUAAUCCUCUUGGACUUGACAAAAGAAAAAGUGACAGCCUUGAGGAGUCUGUAGAUGUCGAUAGCACCAAGUCAUUAGCUAAACAGCAGUCAGGCACAUUUCCAAAGAACUCUGCUUUAAAACAGGAUGCUAAGCGAAUGUUUGGAUCGAGCUCACAGUCAAGCAAUUUUUCAAAAUUUCAUAAGCGGCCACAUAGAGUACAAAAAGCCCGGAAAAGCAUGGCCCAAUCUGGGGUAAAUGCAUGCAAUCAAAACAAGUCUCCUCACAAGAACGUUACUGACCAAAAACCAAAGUAUUUCCAUCAGGCCCCAAGAGAAAAACCUAACACCAAGGCAGACAACAGUUAUUUAUAUAGACACAAGUAUGACAACUACCGGAUGAUCAGAAAAUCAGGUGACUCAUACCCACUUCCUUUUAAAAAAGAGGUUAAUUCAUUAAACUCUUUACAUCUAUUUUCAUCAAGUAAUUCUCAUAAUAAUUUUAUUUCAGACCCUCAUAACCCAGACACCGAAAGGCCAGAAAACAAAGACCACAAGCGUGUAGCUGUAAAAAGAGUAGUUAAGGCUUCAAAGAAGGAAAGCUCUGGUGGAGAGGACUUGGAUAGCUAUCCUGACUUUCUGCACAAAAUGACUGUUGUUGUUUUGCAAAAACUUCAUUCUGAUAAGAAAGAUAGUUACGAAACAGAAGAUGACAGUUCCUGGGAUAAUGUCGAGCUAGGUGACUACACUACACAGGCUAUGGAAGAUGAAGCCUACAGUGACCUUAGUCAAGAACAUGUAAACUUAUUGCCUCUAUUUAAAAGCAAGAUAGAAGGCCAAGGCCCUGGAGACAGUGCUGCCCUGAGUUACGAUCAGAAUGAUGGCUUCUACUUUGAAUAUUAUGAAGACGGUGGCACUAACAGCUUCUUACAGGAUAUACAUGAUCCUCAGCAUUUGGAAAAUGCAGAGACGCCUUUGUCGAAGCACAGUUCUGUUUUUCAUUGGAGUGAUUUGUCUCUUGAGAAGAAGUCGUGUCCUUAUUGCCCAGCAACAUUUGAAACAGGUGUUGGGCUGUCAAAUCAUGUCCGAGGACAUCUUCACAGAGCAGGAUUGAGCUAUGAAGCCCGUCAUGUUGUAUCCCCAGAACAAAUAGCCACAAGUGACAAGAUGCAGCAUUUCAAAAGAACUGGCACAGGGGCGCCUGUGAAACGAGUUAGAAAAGCUAUAGAGAAGUCUGAAACUACUUCCGAACAUACUUGUCAGCUCUGUGGUGGUUGGUUUGACACAAAGAUUGGGUUAUCAAAUCAUGUCAGAGGCCAUCUGAAAAGACUUGGGAAAACUAAAUGGGAUGCUCACAAAUCUCCAAUCUGUGUUCUGAAUGAGAUGAUGCAAAACGAAGAGAAGUAUGAAAAGAUCCUGAAGGCGCUGAACAGUCGCCGCAUUAUCCCCAGACCGUUUGUAGCUCAGAAACUCUCCUCAGGCGAUGACUUCCUAUCUCACAAUGUCUUACCUCUUGAUGAAUACCACAAUGGCCUAAAGACAGAGGCUCUCUCAGUGUCUGCAUCAGAGGAAGAAGGGCUGAAUUUCUUAAGUGAGUGUGACGAAACAAAGCCUGAACUGCCCAGUGGGAAAAAGAAUCAGUCUCUUACACUGAUAGAACUUCUUAAAAGUAGAAGGCUAGGCGAAGAAAGGAAUUCUGCUAUUUCUCCUCACAAGAUCCAUAACCAGACAGCAAGAAAGAGAUUUGUUCAGAAAUGUGUUCUUCCAUUAAAUGAAGACAGUCCGUUGAUCUAUCAGCCACAAAAAAUGGACUUGACUAUGAACUCAGCCAUAGAUUGUAAGCAGAAAAAAUCAAGGUCAAGAUCUGGAAGCAAGAAGAAAAUGCUAACGUUACCUCAUGGUGCUGACGAGGUGUACAUUCUCCGAUGCAGGUUUUGCGGCCUCGUCUUUCGGGGACCAUUGUCUGUUCAGGAAGACUGGAUCAAGCACUUACAGCGUCACAUUGUAAAUGCUAAUCUUCCACGGACGGGAGCUGGCAUGGUGGAGGUCACAUCACUGCUUAAAAAACCCGCCUCUCUCGCAGAGACGUCGUUGUCCUUACUGAUGGCAGAAGCAGCAUCCUAGAACCAGGAAUCCUUUUCCAUAGCAAAUUUAAUUGGAUGUAAAUUUAAAAUUUUGUCUUUUUUUUUUUUUGUAAGCCACAUGAAAGUAUCCAUUAUAAAUACUAAAGUAGGAAGAAUGGGGGACCGUAAAUUAGAGUGGCAUCAGAGCAAACAGUGCUUCAGACAAGACAGUAAGUAGUCGCAUAUUUUAUAUAGGGUGGAAAUGUGUUUUUAAGGUUUACUAAGUUUUGUUGGCUGAGUUUACGCAACUAAAGGUCCUACAUCUGAGAGCCAUUUGUAAAGUGUUGCACAUGAAUCCUUACAGACAGACUUACUGAAAGAUUAUGUUCUCUGCAGUGUUACCAGAAUCAAGGCUCUGGUUUUUCCCCACACGUACAUAGAAAAAUAAGAUAUUAUAUUUUGUUGGUAUGUAUUUAGUGUUUUGUAUAAUACCAGGAACUGCUAACUAAAUUUACUCAACUUAGGGCAUUAAAUAUCAUGUACUUCAUAGUUUGAGACUGUUCCCCCAAAUAGGGCAGAGUACUAUUCUAUCUAGAUGUGUAAGUGUUUUUUUUAAAUCAUAAUGGAACGGUUUAUAUAUAUAUAUAUAUAUAUAUAUAAAAAUAUAUACUGAAAAGUUGGAGGGAGAUUUGUUUAAACAAGUAUUUCUAAAAGAAAUAUUGUACAUAGUCCUGGGAAUUAUUUGUGGUAAGGAAAUAUUCUUACUCUGUUGUGUUUCUCAGACAAUGAAGUGGUGCGUCCAUGCUACCUCCUGCUUUGUCAACAAAGAUGCUCUUUACCCUUUCCAUUUGUAUCAUAAUAGAUUUUAAAAAUCUAAUGUUCUUUAUUGCAAGACAUACUUUUGUUAACAGAUUGUUUCUUUGUAAUGUUUUACGUACAGUUUGCCAUGCUUACAGGACAGGGUUGUCUCUUUAUUUAACAUUGUAGAAAUGUAAUUAAUGAACAAGGCUCACUACACAAUUUAGAAUAGGCUUUCUCAUUUAUAUUAUCUUCCAAAUUUGAUCAUUUAGCAAAACUAUUAAUACACAAAAUAUUUCUACAUAUGAUGAGAAUGUUUACAAUUUCAAUUUUAGAACUUGUUUUGGAUGUGAUUAUAUGUAUGGAAAUUGUGUAACACUAUGCUCAUGCUGAGAACCGACAUAACAGAAUUACUGAAAUAAAUGUGCUGUGAGGAAUGGACAGUACGGUGCAGGUGUCUUGGUCAUGAUAAACUGUGAUGAUACCUUUAAACACUUUCCAAAAACAACUUCGUUCCUUUCAUCCAAAAUGAGCAUUGUUUACAAACAGCGGUUUGUACGCAAGCACCAUUCCACGUCAUUUCAUGGAGUUGCUAAUAUAGUUGAACCAAGGAUACGCAUUGAUACUUUUCAUCAUUUGUAAAUAAAGUUAAAAACAGUUAAACAAAGGAGUGUUUUGCCAAAAACAACUUCAUUCCUUUCAUCCAAAAUGAGCAUUGUUUACAAACAGUGGUUUGUACACAAGCACCAUUCCACGUCAUUUCAUGGAGUUGCUAAUAUAGUUGAACCAAGGAUACGCAUUGAUACUUUUCAUCAUUUGUAAAUAAAGUUAAAAACAGUUAAACAAAGGAGUGUUUUGGUAGAGUACACACACACACACACACACACACCCCUCACUGCCAGUGAAAUUACUUUCCUAUGGUAUAUCUCCUUGCCAGAAAUCACUAAAUAAAAAGACUUCAAGAAUUA